CUUGGUGAAAGUUAUGGCCCUGUGAUGACAGUGUACCUGGGCCGUCAGCGUGCUGUGGUCCUGGUGGGGUACGAUGCUGUGAAGGAGGCACUGGUGGACCAAGCAGAAGACUUCACUGGCAGAGGACCUAUUCCUUUCUUGAUGAGGGCUACCAAGGGUUACGGUUUGGUGAUCAGUAAUGGAGAGCGCUGGCGGCAGCUACGACGUUUCACCCUGACCACGCUGAGAGACUUUGGGAUGGGACGCAAAGGAAUGGAAGAGUGGAUCCAGGAGGAGAGUAAACAUCUGGUGGCCCGCAUUAAUAAUACCAAAGCCACACCUUUUGAUCCCACCUACUUCAUGAGCUGCACCGUGUCAAACGUGAUCUGCUGCUUGGUGUUUGGUCAACGCUUCAGCUAUAACGACGACCACUUCCUGUCCCUCCUGCAGAUAAUCUCAGAAGUACUGAACUUUGGCAGCAGUCCCUGGGGUCAGCUGUAUAAUAUCUUUCCUCGGUUGAUGGAAAUACUGCCAGGUCGUCAGCAUGUAAUGUUUGCCCAUAUUGAGAAGCUGCGAGAUUUUAUAAUGAAAAAGAUCCAGGAACACCAGGACACACUGGACCUCAGCUCACCCAGAGAUUACAUCGACUGCUUCCUCACCAGACUCAGUCAGGAAAAGCAUCUUCCCACAACAGAGUUCCACUAUGAGAACUUGGUGUCAACAGUGUUGAAUCUGUACCUGGCAGGAACUGAAACCACCAGUUCAACUAUCAGAUUUGGACUAAAUGUGCUGGUCAAAUAUCCCAGAAUACAGGAGAAUAUGCAGCAGGAGAUUUACACUGUGAUUGGACAGGAGCGUUGUCCUUUUAUGGAGGACAGGAAGUCCCUACCAUUCACAAAUGCAGUCCUCCAUGAAAUUCUGCGUCUGAUAGAUAUUGUUCCCAUGAGUGUCCCUCACUAUGCUCUCCAGGACAUCUCAUUCAGGGGUUACACCAUUCCCAAGGAUACAAUCAUUAUUCCCUUGUUGCAUUCUGUGCUGAAAGAGGAAAAACAGUGGGACACCCCAUGGUCCUUUAACCCCCAGCACUUUCUGGAUCAGAACGGCAACUUUAAAAAAAAUCCAGCAUUCCUGCCAUUCUCUGCAGGUAAAUUAUGCAAUACAU